AUGAAUUCAAGAAGACGUCUAAAUGCUAAUGAAGCAUUCAACAACAUUAUGGAAGAAAACGCUUCAUCAAGUUUUGCCGAAUCUGAUUUCAAUAAUGCACAGACAACCCAGCCACCAAGAUGGUCAACGCCAAGACAGCCACCCUCAUCAUCCACUUUAUUCGACCUAAAUGCACAGACAACCCAGCCACCAAGAUGGUCAACGCCAAGACAGCCACUUCAACAACAGAAUUCAAAUACUGUGGGGUAUGCACAAGAUAGUCAGACUGCAGACUUUCAAGUUAUAUAUGAGAAUUUUAAUUCUCUCCAGGAAACUUGCAGCAACAUGUCAUCACAGCAAGAAGAUUUGAAAGACUGCAUAUUGUCUAGAUUAAAAAAUCUGGAAAAAAAAGUUGAAGAUUCUAUACUACAACAACGGCAGCAACGGCAACAACAAUGUCAGACACAGUCAACAAAAAAACAAAAAAUUAGAACACCAUCAGAGCUUUCGAUGAGAAUCAAGCAAUUAUGUGCACAUAAUCAGAGUUUGGCAUUUGAUGCUAUUGCUGGUUGGAAUGCUGAACACAACAGACAGAUAAGAGAAAAGAUUAUGGACCAAUUAAGAUUAAAGUUUGACGACAAAUAUUCAGAAAAUGAGUAUCAAU